AUGGCUGCAAAUAAAAUUGGUAAUAAUAGAACUAGCACUCAAAAUGAAUAUAAAGAGGAAACUGGUAAAGCUAGAUCAAAAUGGCUGUACUUAAAUAAUAUGAAUGAAAUCUUUGGGAAUAGAGAAAAUAUUAAGCCAGAUUAUUUGGCAUCUAACAUUGCACAAGCACGUUUAAAGAUUGAGAAUCAGAAAUUUGUAAAUGAGUUAGAGGAAAGAAAAGAAGAAAGAGAAAUAGAAUGUGAAAAGUUGAAUUGGGAAAAAGAAAGAUUUGUGAAAGAGCAAGAGUUUAAAUUUAAAUUAGAAAUAGAUGGAUAG